UAAAACCGAAUAUUUCAACUCAUUUUUCCGCCUUUGUUUGUUGUUCUUCAUUAUCACCAUUCAGAUUCCCCAGAUUUGUUUCAACAAUUGCUGGAAAAGUUGAAACAUUGUUAGCCUCACAAAUUUCUACAACAAUUUCUAAUAUUUUUACAAUCCCACAAAAAUACCUCAUUAUCUACUUUCUGAGCUCGAAUAUAUACGUUUCAGAAUCACAUACACUACUUAUUUCUGUAAAAAUGUAUAUCAAUAUGUAUAUCAGCAUAUGUUUUUCAUGUAUGUUGUGAUAUAUACUGCUGCACACGAGUAGAGCCGACAUAAUUUAUCAAUAAUCAAUCGCUCUUGUAAUGAUUUGUGCAAGGAGAGCUGCUCAUUGAGCUGGAGCGGUGUCGGUGUUAGUUUGAUUUGUUGGUGUUUUUUAUGGUUAGUUUGGAUAGGUGUUGAUUUUUUAUAUGUUUAGGAAGUUAUAGUUUAUGAAUUUGGAUUGAAUUUGUGUUUUAGGGAGAUUUGAGUUUCAUACUUUAGGGAGAUUUGAGUUUCGUAUGAGCUUUGAUUUAGCUAGGGUUUCAACUUUCAAGUGAUGGUAGUAUCAGGGAAUGAUCCGUUGGAUUCGUUUUUGAAUUCGAUUCAAGUGGUUAGGAAUGCUUUUUGGCCAAUAGAAUCGAAUUUUCAAAAGGUUACCAAAAAUUUCGAGCAGUGUUUUAGUGGGGCUUCGAAAAAUCGGAACUUGAAUGGGGGAUUUGAUGAUGCUAGUAAUGAGUUGGUGGCAGCUCAGUUGGAUUUGAAUAAGAAAAGUGGUCAAAGUGAUCGGAGAAAAAGGAGAGUUCCAAUCAAGAUAUUUGUUGGAGUGUUUAAGGAUAGAGGUGUAAAUAGUGUGCAUAGUAACGUACAUGUUAGUCGUGAUGACAGUGUAAAAUUGUCGAGGAAAGGGUUGAAAGAGAGGUAUGGAGAUCACAAUGGUGGGAAUGAGGAUAAGAGCUUUCAUGGGAACUGUCUGCAUCUUGAUGUGGCAUUGUCGUUUUUGAUAAAUGGCAUUGUACAGGCUCUCCCAAGAUCAUUCAAGCAGGAGAAGAGGCAGGCUCAUAAGAUGAGUAAUGAGGAUAAAGAAUCUCGUGUGAAAGCUAGAGUAAAAUCUAGGGUUGGUAGUGAGAUUAAGCAGGAUUCGAAGGUUAGAGAAGGGAAAGAUUUUCCUUUUGAUUAUUUUGUAGGGUUUGUAGUUGAUCAGUUCAACCAUUUUCCGAAAUUUGAUGUGGGUGGUCAAGAUAAUGAAUGUAAGAGUGCUGAGUGUAAACCCUCGGCCGCACCUGUUAAUCAGUUUGACCACUUCAAGGCAUUUUUUAGUAUUUUAGAAGAUAAAAGAGCAGAUGUGAAUGUGUUUUUUUGGAAUUUGAAGUUUGCUCGCGUGGGAGGUGUUCCGUCAAGUAUGGUUGGAGUGCCUUCCAUGAAGGAUGUUAGCGAUGAUCGUGUUAGUAAUGUUGGUAAUCAGGAAGAAAUAGGAGGCAGAUCACCGCAAAAAUUAGCCAAUGGUUUGCUAAGUAUUCCUUUGUCAAAUGUUGAGCGUUUGAGGUCGACUCUGUCAACUGUUUCAUUGACAGAAUUGAUUGAGCUUUUACCUCAGAUUGGGCGACCUUCGAAAGAAGACCAUCCUGACAAGAAGAAGCUGAUCUCUGUCCAAGACUUUUUUAGAUAUACUGAGGCUGAAGGAAAGAGAUUUUUUUUUGAAUUGGACAGAGAUGGUGAUGGGCAAGUUACCCUAGAAGAUCUUGAAGUUGCCAUGAGAAAGAGAAAACUACCUAAGAGAUAUGCCAAUGAGUUCAUGCGUCGUGCAAGAAGCCACUUGUUCUCAAAAUCUUUUGGCUGGAAACAGUUUUUGUCCUUGAUGGAACAGAAAGAGCCAACCAUUCUUCGGGCUUACACUAGCCUCUGUUUGAGCAAGUCUGGGACGCUACAGAAAAGUGAAAUUGUGGCAUCACUACAGAAUGCCGGACUGCCUGCGAAUGAGGAUAAUGCUGUUGCGAUGAUGCGUUUUCUGAAUGCUGAUAUACAGCAAUCCAUAUCGUACGGGCAUUUCCGGAACUUCAUGCUUUUACUCCCAUCUGAACGACUUCAAGAAGAUCCAAGAAGCAUUUGGUUUGAAGCUGCGACCGUGGUUGCUGUUCCUCCACCAGUAGAAAUACCAGCUGGUAGUGUUCUAAAGGCAGCAUUGAUCGGGGGGCUUUCGUGUGCUUUGUCUACAUCUUUACUGCACCCCGUUGACACGAUUAAGACAAGAGUUCAAGCUUCAACCCUCACCUUUCCAGAAAUUUUAUCCCAACUUCCACAACUCGGAGUUCGGGGCCUAUAUAGGGGGUCUGUUCCAGCCAUAUUGGGGCAAUUUUCUAGUCAUGGUCUCCGAACUGGAAUUAUGGAAGCAAGUAAGCUCGUCUUGAUAAAUUUUGCACCAACGCUACCUGAAUUACAGGUUCAAUCUUUGGCAUCAUUCUGUAGCACAGUUCUCGGAACAGCAGUACGUAUUCCAUGUGAGGUGUUGAAGCAAAGAUUACAGGCUGGUCUGUUUGAUAAUGUCGGUGAAGCUAUUGUUGGGACAUGGCAGCACGAUGGUCUCCGGGGUUUUUUCCGUGGGACUGGUGCAACUCUCUGCCGAGAAGUUCCAUUCUACGUUGCUGGCAUGGGCCUUUAUGCUGAAUCGAAGAAGGCUGUCCAACGGCUACUGGAACGAGAGCUGGAGCCUUGGGAAACCAUAGCUGUCGGAGCUCUAUCCGGGGGACUGGCUGCCGUCCUGACAACUCCCUUCGAUGUGAUAAAGACAAGGACAAUGACCGCCCCUCAGGGACGCUCUGUGUCAUUGUCAAUUGUUGCUUUCUCAAUCCUGCGCCAUGAAGGUCCUCUUGGACUAUUCAAGGGCGCUGUGCCCCGUUUCUUCUGGAUCGCCCCUCUGGGCGCCAUGAACUUUGCAGGCUACGAGCUUGCAAGAAAGGCGAUGGACAAAAACAAAAACGAGGAAACUGAGCUCCUUCUGCAGAAAUAGGUAAACCAAAAUGGUAGUUCCACCAGAUUUUUGUUUGUUACAUCAAAGCUGUCUAAAAAUAAUUUUGGAGCUCAAUUCGUCGAAAAUUUAACCUUUUUGUUUACGUCCAGUUUUCCGGUGCUGUGAUAUACUAGCUUCUGUACUCGGAUUCGUCGGUAAAGCUCACUCUUACCGUUGUGGUAUCGGAAAUUUUACUUGCUUUGAUGUUCUCUAUUGUUGCCAUUUUUAGUCAAUUUUGCAGCUUUGAAAAAUGCUAACUAAUUAAUGUUGAUUAUUUUCGCAA